AUGUCCUCGCCCGCCCGUAAAACCAAUAAAGAGCUGCACCCUGAGUAUUAUUUGAGAGAACAAGCCUUCCUGGCCACUGAGAUGCAUGGGGCCGCGCUGAGUCAGCAAGUUCUUCCUUUCUGCGGGUUUCUCGGCCUUCACUUCCCUCCCAUCUCUGCCUCCUCCAUCACCAUCGCCACACAUCAACUCCCCCCGGCUGACGAAAAUCUCGAUCAGAAACGCACACGACCACGAUAUUAUCCUCUCUCUCACACAUCUCACCUCUACAUAAUCCACAUGGCUCUCAAGCGAAUCAACAAGGAACUCGUGGACUUGGGACGUGACCCCCCCUCGUCUUGCUCUGCUGGUCCUCUUGGAGAUGAUUUGUUCCACUGGCAAGCCACGAUCAUGGGCCCUGAAAAGAGCCCCUUUGCUGGCGGCGUAUUCUUCCUAGCCAUACACUUCCCAACAGACUAUCCCUUCAAACCACCAAAGGUCAACUUCACCACUCCCGUCUACCACCCCAACAUCAACUCCAACGGCAGUAUCUGCUUGGAUAUCUUGAGAGACCAGUGGAGCCCUGCUUUGACUAUAUCGAAAGUGCUUCUCUCAAUCUGCUCGAUGCUCACAGACCCCAACCCAGAUGACCCGCUGGUGCCUGAGAUAGCGAACUUGUACAAGAAAGAUAAGGAGGAGUACGAGGGGGUUGCCAGAAAGUGGACUGCUAAAUACGCUAUGGAGAACUGA